AUGAUAUGUUCUUCACCCAAAGGCUCUCAGUCCAACUACAAACACCUACAGCGAUUUUCUACCUCGGCAGCAUGUCAGAGCGAAGCGCUGGACAGAACCCGAAACAUUGGUAUCAUCGCUCAUAUCGAUGCCGGCAAGACCACUACUACAGAGCGCAUGUUGUUCUACAGUGGCUUCACGCGGCGCAUUGGUGAUGUCGAUGAAGGCUCCACAGUCACUGACUUCCUUCCUGCUGAGCGUGCACGCGGAAUCACCAUUCAAUCUGCUGCCAUCACAUUCCACUGGCCUCCUGGAGAGGUAGAUGGAAAGCCAAUUCCGCCGGCAGGACAGCAGGAUGGGCCAAUUCGGCGCUCUUCUUACCCACACACUAUCAAUUUGAUUGAUACACCCGGUCACGCGGACUUUACCUUUGAGGUCAUGCGAUCUCUGCGUAUCCUCGACGGUGCUGUUUGCAUUCUGGAUGGUGUUGCUGGAGUUGAGGCACAAACAGAAAAGGUCUGGAACCAGGCCAGUACAUAUAAGAUUCCCAGAGUUAUCUUUGUGAACAAGCUGGACCGUGAUGGAGCUGCAUUCGGUCGGACAGUACGAGAAGUGAGCUCUCGCUUGGGUGUUUACCCAGCCGUUUGUCAGAUUCCUUGGUUCGCAGGGGGAGAUGGCGGCUUCAUUGGCGUGGCAGAUGCAGUCCAUCUCCAAGGGCUGCGAUGGAAGGAAGGCGAGGACGGCCGUACUGUGAAAAUGCUCGAUCUUCAACAAUUGGACGCGGAAGAACCGGCUUUAGCGCAAGAGUUGCGAAAGGCUCGUAUCGCGUUAGUGGAGUUGCUCAGUGAGCAUGACGAGGAGAUUGUCGAAAAGUUCUUCGAAUGCGAAGAAGAUCAUCUGGCUGUUUCAUCGGCUGAUCUCAUACAGAGUCUACGUCGUUGCGUGUUAGACCAGAGCAGCCGAAUUAUUCCUCUGUUUGCAGGUGCCAGUUUCCGGAACAUGGGUGUGCAACCUUUGUUGGACUCGAUUGUGGAUCUUCUUCCUAGUCCACCCGAGGCCCCAGAUCCAGAGGUGAGCAUUGGUGGUGUAAAGGGAGGGCUUCGAGGCCUAUUGUCUGGAGACUUGAUCGUUCAACAACAAAGUGAGAAGGCUGCCGUUUCACACAAAGGAAAACAGCAUAAGAAGAAGUCUGCAUCCUCACAAAGCUCCUCCAACGAUGCUAUCAGCAAGCUACAAAGUUGCGCACUAGCAUUCAAAGUCGUCAACGACGCAAAGAGAGGAGUUCUGGUCUACGUUCGUGUAUACUCAGGCUCAUUGGAUCGCAACAGUCUGCUGUACAAUACCAACCUCAGUCUCUCUGAGCGUGCACCACGUCUACUGAAAAUGUAUGCCAAUGACGCUGUGGAGGUAGACUCGAUUCCAGCCGGUCACAUCGGAGUUGUGGUCGGACUCAAGCAGACCAGAACUGGAGAUACCCUCGUCUCCUACGCAGGCAACAAAGCUACACCCCCGGAGCCACUUACCAGUCUCCAGCUUCGGCCAAUCGCUGUACCUCCGCCGGUAUUCUUUACCAGCGUGGAACCACACAGCCUGAGUGAAGAAAAGCGUAUGCACGAGUGCCUGGCGCUUCUCCUCCGCGAAGACCCCAGUCUUCACGUCAACGUUGAUGAAGAGUCAGGCCAAACCCUCCUGAGCGGAAUGGGUGAGCUGCACCUUGAAAUCGCCCGCGACCGACUCAUCAACGAUCUCAAGGCCAAGGCGACCAUGGGACGCAUUGAGAUCGGCUACCGUGAAUCUGCCCUCGGCGUCUCAAACCCAGUUACCAAGAUCUUCGACAAGGAGAUCGCCGGUCGCAAAGGAAAAGCAGGCUGCACAGCAGUUGCAGAACAACUAGACGAGAACGCUGAGGCCCCGCAAAUGGACCAAGACACCCUUCUCGUUGAAUCCUACGACGGAAACCAGAUCGUCGUUCGCGCUCCGGGCCUACAGGUCGACCGAUCUUCCCGCGGCGAGGAAGAAAGCAGCCCGCUUCUCCCACCGGGCAUGGAUCUAGUCCAGUUCCGCACCGCUCUGCAAAACGGAGCCGUGGCAGCUCUCGCUCGCGGUCCGCAAUUUACUUUCCCAAUGCACAACACCCGCAUCACAUUGACCGUCGAUCCAGCGACAGACCUGUUCGGAAACGAAACAUCCACCUCGGCAUUGACAUCUGCAGCUCGGCAAGCGACUAUGGCUGCACUACGCGAUGUACAAGCCGGUGCUGGUACCACGAUGAUGGAACCCGUGAUGAACGUGAUUAUCAGUGUCGACGAAGCGAGUCUCGGAUCUGUUGUGCAUGACAUCUCAUCUUCGCGAGGUGGACACAUCAUCUCGCUCGAUGAGGAAAUUCCUCUGGCUGGCACUGAUGCCUCACCUACGUCUCAAGCACUUGAGGAAGAGGCGCUGUCGCCUAUCGACACGAGCCGUGUAUAUGCUCCUCCGGAUCCAUUCGAGACGCAAUCCGUUGGUGUUGAGAUCCCUGCUUCUGUGACACGGCCGCGCACAAUCACGGCCAAGGUACCUUUGAAGGAGAUGGUUGGAUAUCUUAAGCAUUUGCGCAGUUUGACGGCUGGUCGAGGCACUUUUGUCAUGAGUGUCGACCGUUUCGAGAACAUGUCUUCUCAGAGGCAGAAGGCGGUACUUGCGGAGUUGAGAGGUGCAUUCUAA